AUGAUAUUAUGUUCUCGUUUGUGUCCUGUAAAUGUUAUUCCUUCAUUACCAUCAAAUUCGACAUUAAUAAGUAAUUCUUUAAUCAAUUUUAUUUGGUUAUCUUCAAUACACAUGAUUAUUGUUUAUUCGAAACCAUCAUCAUCUGAAUGUCAUCUUUAUAAAGUUCGACCAUCAAAACCGGAUGGAAUUGAAUAUCUUCAAAAAUGUUAUGUUGGUUCAUCAUCAGCAAAAGAACAAACAAAUAGUGGAACAACAAAGAAAAGAAUUUCUCUUCGUCAAUCAUCAGAUAUUGUCAAAUUAGAUUUAGUUAAAAGAAAACAAGAUUUAAGAUUAAUUCUUCUUUUUGCUAUGAAAACUAAUGGAUAUAUUUUUAUUAUGGAGAUCGAUCAAAAUCAAUUAGUAAAUAAGUAA